AUGCUGCCGAUGGUGAGAAACCAAAUUGCAAAGGCGGUGGGCGCAUUUGUGCUGUACGCCCUCGUCUUUCACUUCUUCAAGAAUAUAGCGACCUCAACACAAGUCAAGUCCUAUCUGCCAGCGCUCCCCGAGCUCCCCAGGAUCAGUCUCAACUACCACAAGCCGCUGUUCAAUGAGAGUAAAGUCGCGCUGCUCAUCGAAAACCGGCCGGUGCCGAAUAUCGCGCCCAUGAUGCUUGCCUUUAUGUCGACACUACCGCCGGACUGGAAGUUCCGUUUCAUGGGCUCAGAGGCAUCGGUUGCAUACGUGAAUAACUCUGCAGCCAUCCGGCAUCAUGCAGCCAGCGGCAAACUCGACCUAACCUAUAUACCGAAGAAUAUGAGCACCAAUGGGCAAGAGGACAUCAGUCGGUUUCUGACGAAUCUCUGGUUGUAUGAGACGGUGUUGUAUCCCGCAGAAUGGCUCUUGAUAUACCAGACGGACAGCAUGAUGUGCGGCAACCACAAGGGCACCCUCGACGAGUGGCUAGACUACGAUUGGGUAGGCGCACCUUGGGGCCUCAACAGUCGGUAUGGCGGCAACGGUGGCUUAUCUCUGCGUCGAGUCAGCUCGAUGAUUGAGGUUCUCCGACAUCAACAACGGCAGAAUUUCUCCGAGCCUGAAGAUGUGUGGCUGACGGAACGUCUCGGUCACCUGCCUAAUUCUAGGACAGCUAACGGCACAGAGUCAGUCAAGUUCUCGGGCGAGUCCAUUUGGUACGAACAGCCGCUCGGCUACCAUACGGGAGGCAGCGGUGCAUGGUUGGCGGGCGGAAUCUGGGGCACCCCCGAAAAGCGACAGUCGAUUUAUGACUACUGUCCCGAGAUGAAGAUGACGCUGGGAAUGGAUUUGAAGGUGUUUAUGCCUCAGCAAUGUAAUAAUAACUGGUAA